CAGGCGGGGUCGCUGGCGGCUGCUGGCGGGAGAUUCCAACAUGGCGCUGCAGCCGAAAGAGGUGCUAGCCAUGGACAGCCAGGCCGAAUGCAGCUUCAUCCGCUUUUUCCAGGCCAUGCCGGCCAAGCCGCCCACCACCGUGCGCAUCUUCGACCGGGGCGAUUACUACACCGCGCACGGCGAUGACGCGCUGCUGGCCGCCCGGGAGGUGUUCAAGACCCAGGCGGUCAUCAAAUAUAUCGGGAUGACCGGUACUAAAAAACUGGAAAGCGUUGUGCUUAGUAAAAUGAAUUUUGAAUCUUUUGCGAAAGACCUCCUCUUGGUUCGUCAGUAUAGAGUUGAAGUUUAUAAGAAUAAAGCUGGGAGUAAGGCCACCAAGGAGAAUGAUUGGCACGUGGCAUUCAAGGCUUCACCAGGCAAUCUUUCCCAAUUUGAAGAAAUUCUCUUUGGCAGCAGUGAUAUGUCAUGUUCCAUUGGUGGUGUAGGUGUUAAGUUAUCCAUGGUUGAUGGCCAAAGAUUAAUUGGAGUUGGGUAUGUUGAUUCCAUACAGAGGAAGCUAGGACUGUGUGAGUUUCCAGAUAAUGAUCAAUUCUCCAAUCUGGAAGCUCUGUUGAUUCAGAUUGGCCCGAAGGAAUGUGUGCUACCAGGAGGUGAAACCGCAGGGGACAUGGGAAAACUGAGACAGGUUAUUGAGAGAGGAGGAAUUCUGAUCACAGAAAGGAAGAAAAUUGACUUUGCAGCAAAAGAUAUUGUUCAGGACCUCAACCGUUUGUUGAAAAGCAAAAAAGGAGAUCAAGUGAAUAGUGCUGUAUUGCCUGAGAUGGAGAAUCAGGUUGCAAUUUCAUCAUUAUCAGCAGUGAUUAAGUAUUUAGAACUUUUAUCAGACGAUACAAACUUUGGACAAUUUGAGCUGACUACCUUUGACCUCAACCAGUAUAUGAAGUUGGAUAAUGCGGCUGUCAGAGCUCUUAACCUUUUUCAGGGCUCUGCUGAAGACAAAAGUGGUACUCAGUCUCUUGCUGCAUUGCUGAAUAAGUGCAAAACACCUCAAGGCCAAAGACUGCUUAAUCAGUGGAUCAAGCAGCCACUACUAGAUAAGAACAGAAUAGAGGAAAGGUUAAAUUUAGUGGAGGCGUUUGUAGUAGAUGCAGAACUGAGGCAGAGUUUACAAGAAGACUUACUUCGUCGCUUCCCAGAUCUUAACCGAUUUGCCAAAAAGUUUCAGAGACAUGCAGCCAAUCUACAGGAUUGUUACCGAAUCUAUCAAGCCAUAAACCAGCUUCCUAAUGUUAUACAAGCACUGGAAAAACACGAAGGAACACAGCGAUCAUUGUUGUUGGCAGUCUUCAUAACCCCUUUGACAGAUCUUCAUUCUGAUUUCUCCAAAUUUCAGGAAAUGAUAGAAACAACCUUAGAUAUGAAUCAGGUGGAAAACCAUGAGUUUCUUGUGAAGGCAUCCUUUGAUCCUCACCUGACAGAGUUAAGAGAGUCAAUUACUGAUCUAGAAAAGAAGAUGCAAGCAUCUUUAACAAAUGCAGCAAGAGAGCUAGGCUUAGAAGCUGGUAAACACAUUAAACUGGACUCCAGUGCACAACUAGGAUAUUACUUCCGAGUGACCUGCAAGGAAGAAAAAGUCCUUCGUGGGAAUAAAAACUUUAACACAUUAGAUGUCCAGAAGAAUGGUGUUAAGUUUACCAACAGCAAAUUGGCUGCCUUCAAUGAUGAGUACCUCAAAAUUAGAGAUGAAUAUGAGGAAGCUCAGGAUGCCAUUGUUAAAGAAAUUGUCAACAUUUCUUCUGGCUACGUGGAACCGAUGCAGACACUUAAUGAUGUAUUAGCUCAACUAGAUGCAAUUGUCAGUUUUGCACAUGUAUCAAAUGGAGCCCCUGUUCCAUAUGUACGUCCAGUCAUUUUGGAAAAGGGACAAGGAAAAAUCAUUUUGAAGGGUUCCAGACAUGCUUGUGUUGAAGUUCAAGAUGAAGUUGCAUUUAUUCCCAAUGACAUUAACUUUGAGAAAAAUAAGCAGAUGUUCCACAUUAUUACUGGCCCCAAUAUGGGAGGUAAAUCAACAUACAUUCGUCAAACUGGAGUAAUAGUUCUGAUGGCUCAGAUUGGCUGUUUUGUACCAUGUGAGUCAGCAGAAGUGUCCAUUGUGGAUUGUAUCUUGGCUCGAGUUGGAGCAGGUGAUUGUCAACUGAAAGGUGUGUCUACCUUCAUGGCAGAAAUGCUAGAGACGGCUUCUAUUCUCAGGUCUGCAACCAAAGACUCCCUGAUAAUCAUCGAUGAGUUGGGAAGAGGGACUUCUACCUAUGACGGAUUUGGCUUAGCAUGGGCUAUUUCGGAGUAUAUUGCCACUAAAAUAGGUGCCUUCUGUAUGUUUGCUACUCAUUUUCAUGAACUGACGGCAUUGGCUGACCAGUUGCCAACAGUGAAUAAUCUACAUGUUUCAGCAUUGACUACUGAUGAGACAUUAACUAUGCUCUAUCAAGUGAAGAAAGGUGUCUGUGAUCAGAGUUUUGGGAUUCAUGUUGCGGAGCUUGCUAAUUUUCCUAAACAUGUAAUAGAGAAUGCCAAGCAAAAGGCUCUGGAACUAGAGGAAUUCCAGCAUUUUGGAAAACCUCAAGAAUCUGAAGAAACAGAACCAGCAGCCAAGAGGUGCUACCAAGAAAGAGAGCAAGGUGAAAAAAUAAUUCAAGCAUUUUUGGCCAAAGUAAAGGAAUUGCCCUUUGCAGAAAUGUCUGAGGAAGGCAUCAGAACCAAAUUAAAACAACUGAAGGCUGAAGUGCUAUCACAAAAUAAUAGUUUUGUGAAUGAAAUCAUUUCACGGUUAAAAGUUACUCCAUGAAAAAUUCCACAGUGGAAUGAACGGAUUUUGUAGAUUUUUUUUUUUAAUUGUAGAAAGUCCCCACUGUUUAUGUGCUGUUGCUUUUGUAUGGUUUUGUACUUUCCCCAUGGUGUUUAGAAAUGGAUGCACACAAAUUAUUGAAUAAAACUUUAGUAUUAUGUUUCUUUAAAUCAUUUGUUUCGAUAACUAUUUGAAAAAUGAAAGUUUUAUAGAGGAAUUUAAUUAGAACUGGAAGGGGAUUCCUAGUCUUGCUUCUUCAUUACAGAGGGGAAGGUUGGGUACACAGAUUGUUGAAUUAUCCAAAUACAGAAAACACUACCCCUACCCUGUGUGAACAAGAUACAUGGUACCAGGCACUACUGCCCAGGGGCCAGAGUGGGACAGACUGUUAGCCCUCAAGGCAAAACAUUCUAAAUGCUUUUCAGACAACCAGGAAAAUGAUUUGACUGUAGAUCGCAUAUAAUGGUGUUAAUGACUUCUUGCAAUGAUUUUUGUUUUGGGCAGUAAAAUAUAGACCAUGUGGUCCUGGGAAGAGCACAUGAGGUUUAAAGAGUCAUCAGAAUCAUACUUUAGUUCAAUGUAAACUUUUCUAAAAGACGAUUGAUACAUACUAAUGAGCACCGAAACACAGACAUGAACUUCCAGUUAUGUAAAGAGAUGAUAACUAGUUGGCCCUUUCAGUAGACACCAGGUGGUAAAUAUCUAACCAGCCCCUGGCACAGAUGGUCCGUCCCUCAGGAUUAAAGAAACAAGUAGCACACGGUCUUUAUCGACUUGUAGCAUAUUGGAGCAGAGAAUGAUACUUAGAUAUACUCUUAUAGCUCCUCCAUUUUACAGAUAAGGAGAUAAACCCAGAGAGGUUAAGAGAUGUGCUUAAUGGCACACAGUGAGUCCAUGGCUGAAUCGGCACUUAGAACCAGAGUUCUUUCCAUAGGACAAUGCUGCUUCUUAAAGUACAUGUUUUCUGCUCCAAUCUAAACACUGGUUAAUCAGUUUCCAACUGAGUAAACGGCCUCUACUUCCACUAUCAGUUUUCCAGGUUUUAAAAACUUAAAUGAAGUUGGCCUGUAGACAUAUACGAUAGAUCCCUACUGCCUGCCUUUUGCCAUUACUGACUUCUUUUUUUUAAUCAUAAAAGUAUUAUAUUAUUUUGUAGAUAGUUUUCAACACUUGUUUUUAUAAGAUUUCUAGUUCCAAAUUUGUCUCUCUCUCUUCCUUACCCCCUCCCUAAAACAGCAAGUAAUCUGACAUAGGUUAUAUAUGUACAAUCACAUUAAACAUAUUUCUGCAUUAGUCCAUUACUAACUUCUAGCAGAGAGUGAGCAGACACUAUUUUGCUAUUUAGGAGCAGUAUGGGUUGAAGGUAUAGAGUUAGGCUGAUUUUAUGGCCACAAUGGGACUUGUUGAUUGGUUGAUAGAUUUUCUAUGGACUUAAUUUUCCAUGUUCUCCUUUCACGGUAUUAACUGUGAAUGAUGCUAACAUUGAAAUUACUAUCUGGCUAGUGUAAGCUAUGUAACUGGAGAAUAGGGCACACUUGUAAAUAAUGUAUUUUUUUUUUAAUUUGGAAAAAUUGUACUUCUGAAAGGCAGAGUUGACUGAUCAGUAUACAUGCAAAAGGCGAUGGAUGAGAAGUUUGAGCUUAAAAUUCUAUUUAAAUAAUCUGUCUCUUGGUGGUGACAAAAGGAGUGUUGUUUAGAUCACUCUGAGUGAAAACAUGGUUAAAAUUAAAAUCAUCUUGCAGCUUUAAUUGCUGGUGCUCAAAAAAAUGUGGUGCUUUGAUUCCAAGGACAAAAUUUGCAAUGCAGCAAGCUCUGGUAAAUCAACCUGCUUUCAGCUCUAUAAAGAAGAUUUAGUAUCUAGUUUUGAGACACUUUGAAAAUGAAAGGCAUAUAAUGGACCUGCUUAAAACCUUCCCUAGACCCAAGCUUUAUUUAUUUUGUGAAUAUGCUAAUGAGUCAACUCAGGCCUUCAAUUAUAAUGGGUACUUUAUAUUGGAAUCACAUAUGUAAAACAGAAGAUUUCCCAAUUUGUGACCUUGUCUUGGACAGCUUGUGUUUUAUUUUAAUUGUAAUGUACUUCAAGCUCCCCCCAGCACCAUCUGCAAUAACAACAGAAUGGCACCCAAAAUACAGAUGUUAUUCAAGAUUCAGAACUAAACUGUGCUGUUAUUACCAAGAAGGCUGGGGACCAUUUGCCAUAAUCUUUGAGAAAAGACUUUUUUUUGCUCAUUCACAUUACGGUGUUUUCAGAAACUUGGCACUGAGGUUCCAUUAGAGAUGCAGUAUCUUUUUGUAAUUGGUGUUCUCUGCUUUUCUCUCCCUUUCUUCCUUAAAGAUGCUAUUUAGAGAGAAAAUAUCUUUUGGGCAAAAGAGACCUUUGUUACAAAGCACAUCUACAAAAAUCGUGUUUUGAGGCACUCUAUUUGGGGACAAUUUUUUCUUGUUGUCUCAGAGUUCCAUAUAUAUUAAAAUACCUUGUGAGGCCUCUUGAGUGUUAAAUGCAUCUUCUCUUCAUGGUCUUUCUACAUUUAACCUUUUUGUGAAAUGGCUUUUCUCUAUAAAUUGUGUU